AUUUAAAUGACCUGCAUACAGUAAAUCGUGCACAUUAUUCACGAUUUCUUAACUUAUAAAGGAAUUUUGAGAUCAUUUUUUCAGUUACUUUCUACUGGUCACUUACAGUAACAAUGAAAAUAGCUCUGUUCUGUGUUGUUUUUGUAGCGGUAUUUGCACUCAUUUCCGCUGAAGAAUGUCGUUCUACCGGCGACUGUGGUCACGUGACAUGCCCAGAAAAGGAUUAUGUUCUCGACUGCCACAAUCGUCAGUGUACCUGCACUCAUGUCCAACAACAGUGUACCACUGACACGAGUACAUGUCAUGAUGAUAACUGUCAUCGAACCUGGCACUGUAUAGACGGCAGAUGUCGAUGUGGAUUCGGCUUUGGAGGUGGUUUUCCCAUCGGCGGGGUCGGAAAAUAAUGUCAUGUCAUUGUUUCAUUUGUAAAUAAAUAUGUAAAACCUA